GCUGGAGCACCAUGUUCAUCCAUGUUUGAACCCGGGGACCUUCAGUUCAUCAUAGACAACUGCCUUGAGAUGGACCGCACGGAAUUGGACAUUACCAUCUUAGCAAAGCUUGCAUGUGGAAUUCACCUAUCGGCGUUAACGCAACGGGCAAAACAAACAGAACCGAAGGAACGCAAGACCCAGCGUACUGACUUCUACCACCAAGGAUCAAGAAUAUGUAGAGACACUUUCAAACAUAUGCACACGAUUGGUCAAGAACGAUUGAAUAACUUGAUCAAGCAUUAUAAGGUACACCGUGUUACUCCCAGACGACAUGGAAAUACCAAACGCCAACCAAAGCAUGCCUUGAAAGCGAAAGAUAAUAUCUACGCUGCCCAUUUUAUUAUGAACUACGCAGAAACGCAUGGAAUGCAUUUGCCCGGUAGAGUACCAGGUUACUGGAGAACUGAUUUAAAACUUUUGCCAACCAACUCCAGUAAACGGAAGGUUUACGAUGAAUAUGCACGUGCAAUAACGUCUACUGAUCAUCGCAAAGUGGCCCUUGUUACAUUCCGGAGAAUCUGGCGUGAGGUGACCCCCUUUGUUGUGACAAUGCGACCCGCGACAGAUCUCUGUUGGUUGUGCCAGAAAUACCAACAGAGGGUGUCUGUCUCAGCAAACCUUCCAGAGCAGGAGAAAACGCUGCUGUACCAACAGGCUUCGGAUCAUUUACAACAAGCUGCUACGGAGCGACAAUUCUACAGGACGGUAUGCGAAGAAGUCGGGCGAACAUUACCCGAACACUUGGGACUCGGUCAACAUGACCCGUGUAGUUACGAUGGGACAGUGCACUACAGCUUGGAUUUUGCGCAACAAGUACAUUAUCCAUACAACCCUCGCCAACCAGGACCAGUGUUUUUGAAGACGCCACGUAAAUGUGCAGUGUUCGGUGUUGCCUGUGAGGUUUUGCCUAAACAGGUUACAUUCCUCAUUGAUGAAUGCGUGCAGACUGGCAAAGGUGGAAAUUGUGUCAUUAGUUUGCUUCACUACUACUUGGAGAAUUACGGGCUUGGAGAAAGUCACAUGCAUCUCCAUGCUGACAAUUGCAGUGGGCAGAACAAGAACUCCUACGUCAUGUGGUACAUGAUGUGGCGUGUAUUGACCGGCCGCCAUGAAUCAAUCGAUAUGAGCUUCCUACUUUCCGGUCAUACCAAGUUUUCAUGCGAUUGGUGUUUCGGCCUUUUUAAACGGAACUUCAGAGCAACCAAAGUAGACUGCCUGAAUGACAUCGUGGCAAGUGUCACCGACUCAAGCCCUGCAGGAAUUAAUGUGCCGCAGCUGUGUGGAAUAGAAGACGGUACAGUGAUUGUACCAGCCUACGACUGGGCCACAUUUUUUGCCCAGUUCUUCACUAAAGUGAAAGAUAUCAAGAGCUAUCAUCAUUUUCACUUUGACAGUGAAUCAUCUGGAGUAACUGUCAGCAAAUAUUCUGAUACUGAGAACACAUUCCAGCACCUUCUCGCUGUUGAUGCAAUCGAUCGGAAUGCUAUGCCACAGGUUAUCCAACCAAAAGGUUUAGAACACAAACGUCAACGAUACCUCUUCAAUGAAAUUCGCGAAUUUGUUGCAGACGAAAAACAGGAUAUUGUGUGUCCAGAUCCUGGCCCUGCCCCAGUCAGCAGUGAUGCGGAGUCAAGCGACACUGAAGAAAUUGCUCCUCCACCACCUAAACGAGGACGCGGCAGAGGACGUGGACAAAGAAGAGGUCGCGGACAAACCAAUGGUCGCAUACAUGGACGAGGACGCGCAAACAAUCUGUAGACUACACUUUAAGACAAAGAUUCAUGUUCAUUCAGUGUAUUUUAAUCAUUACAGAAUACA